UACGUAACAAAGAAGCAUCCAUGUGUGUUAACAGUACACAGAUCCAAUGCGAACAACAAAACCCCAAAUCAUACGGAAAGCUUUACUUCGCAACAAGGUGAGAAUCAUCCGUCCCCCGAUGUCUAGGGUUUCUUCCCCUCAAAUCACCACCAAAAGCUAGCUUUAUCUUUUCAGUCAUUGCCGCCAGCUCCCAGUUUCUUCAGGGGAUCGGCCACCGAGGUUCGUCUUUCGUCAUCUCUGCUAUGAUGUUUUGUGAUUCUCGGUUCGGCGAGGAAGACCAAUAGUCUACACUUUUCGGAAACUAUUAUGCAUGAGGGAAUAUGUCAAAGUGGGUUCUCUUAAUACACUGGAUUUGAUGUUUUUGCUUUUAGGGGUUUUGUAUCCGUGAUCUGUUGACUGGCGACAGAUGAGGAAAAAGAGAAAAGGCAGCGAGAUUUUAUGCUCGAAGCAGAAUGUGAUUGUGAGCACGACCAAUGGUUCUGAAACGUCCUCCAUAUCGAAUUUCAAGUCUCAUUAUUCAUUAGAAGAUUAUUCUAGGUUGAGGAAGCGGUGCAAGGAAGAUGCAGAUUAUGACACACUGUGCUGUGAGGCUGUUAGGUCAUACAAAAGUAAGAACAGACUGGCUGGCAUUGCGGCCACUGCCCCUCCAUGUGGAACAUCCUCGUCUGUUUCAUCUGGAAGGGGUCUUAAGAGGAAGAUAGGAUGCAUAGAUGUGGCAACCCAAAUGGGUCAUCAGAAGAAUAAGAUUGAUGAAGACUACGUAUUAGGUGAAACUAUUGGGAAAGGAAAAUUUGGAUCUGUUCGUCUGUGUAGAAACAAGGCUACUGGUGUUGAUUUUGCAUGUAAAACUCUUCUGAAAGGGGAAGAAACAGUGCAUCGGGAAGUGGAGAUAAUGCAACACCUGUCAGGGCAUCAGGGUGUGGUAAUGCUGGAGGCAGUGUACGAAGAAGACGAGAGGUUCCAUUUGGUAAUGGAGCUAUGCGGUGGAGGAAGGUUGAUUGAUGACAUGGCAAAGGUAGGACCAUACUCCGAGCAACGGGCUGCCAACAUAUUUAAGGAAUUAAUGAUGGUGAUCAAGUAUUGUCAUGACAUGGGUGUAGUACAUCGUGAUAUUAAGCCUGAAAACAUCCUACUUACUACAUCUGGGAAGAUAAAGCUUGCAGAUUUUGGCUUGGCUAUGAGGAUUGCCAAUGGUCAGAGAUUAACUGGUGUGGCUGGAAGCCCAGCUUACGUGGCCCCAGAAGUGCUUUUGGGGGAUUACUCUGAGAAAGUGGAUGUUUGGAGUGCUGGGGUUCUCUUACAUGCCCUUCUUAUUCAACUUCUUCCCUUCCAGGGUGACUCUUUAGAAACGGUAUUUGAGGCAAUUAAAAACACAAAGCUUGAUUUCCAUACAGAAAAAUAUCAAUUUGUAUCUAAGCCUGCACGAGAUCUCCUUGAGCGUGUUCUUGCGAGGGAUGCCACUGCAAGAAUUACUGCAGAUGAAGUGCUAAGUCAUCCAUGGAUUAUUUUCUACACUGAACGCACAUUGAGGACAUUGUCCAUUAGGGCAAAGCCAAAACAUCAGGGGGGUGGUCUGGUCCAGACACUAACUACAUCCACACUAGAAUCAGAGGGAAACAUGACCGGGAAUAGUCUGAUUGUUAAGGGUGGAGCUCCUGAGGGCUUUAAUGGAGCAUAUGACUGUGAAUCAGAUGAAUCUGGGUUGGUUGAUGCACUUGCAGUGGCAAUAACACAUUGCAGGAUAUCUGAACCAAAGAGGAGCAGGUUAUGUGUUAAGCGUACAAGUCCAAUUAGGGAGGAGUGUUCAUCUAACUUGACUGCCAGCAACCUGUGCAAAGCAUUUUGAGACUGAUAUAGUAUGUACAGAAGAUCUUAGUUUACUUACCAAGAUGGGCAGGGAUGUUGUGUUUGCAUUGGCACUGCUAAUGUUGGCAUCCAACAAAUCUCUGCACAUAUAUAUGUAAAUAGUUUAUCUUAGCUGAUGAUGAAUUUAUGCUGUUAUUUCAUUGACUAAUAAUGUAAUAUAUGAUAGUCUGAACAGAGCGGCCUCCUUCACUCUUAUUUGUUUGACAGAAAAGCUGAU